AUAAUAUUUAAAAAGCCAAAGCAAGAAGUGACAAACGAAGAUGAUGAUGGCAACAUCAACAUGGGAAAACGUUAUAGAAGGAAGGUUACAGAACUAGCGGAAAAAUAGUAAAAACCGCUCUUUAUGGGGAAGGCAACGACCACCACCAGAACUCCUCCAUUCUGCCAAUCAAAAUUCCUCUGUCUCUCCCUUCUGUAUCUCUUCACCGCUCUGUUCCUUGCAUUUUACCACAAAGUCUCCCCAAACAAUUGCCUCUUUCGGUCCUCACCGUUCGAUCCGAUUCAAUCUCCACUCUUCCAUUACCCACCUUCCUAUGGAGAACACAAAUAUGCCAUCACCACCCACCGCAAUUCUUGUUCCUCCCCCGUUAUGUUCUCCGGUUAUCGAGAAGUGGCGGAGGAGAUUCAUAAUUUGUGCAAGAAUUCUUCUGCAUUUGUGCCGGAUUUGAAGUAUUUGCAGGGGAAACUUGACACUUUUGGAGGAAAUUUCAGUUUCAAGGAGAGGAUUUCUUAUUUUAAUGAUACCAAGAAUGAUAUCAACGUCCCUUGUGGAUUUUUAAAGGAGUUUCCAGUUGGUGAUUCUGAUCGAAUUGCCAUGGAAAGCUGCAAUGGAGUUGUUGUAGCAUCCGCAAUCUUCAAUGAUCAUGACAAAAUCCGGCAACCUGUAGGUCUCGGGUCGAAAACCCUUGAGAUUACUUGUUUCUUCGUGUUUAUAGAUGAUAUAACCCUUCAAGGACUUUAUUAUCAUAAACUAAUCCCGCAAAGCUCGCCUGAUUAUAAAGUCGGAGUUUGGAGAAUUGUCAAAGUGUUUUCCGAUGAACUAUACGGAAACCCUGCGAUGAACGGGGUGAUACCGAAAUACUUGGUUCAUAGACUUUUCCCGAACUCAAAAUUCAGCAUCUGGAUCGAUGCGAAGCUUCAACUAACAGUCGAUCCGUUGUUAUUGAUACACUCUCUUGUUGUAUCAAAGAACGCGGAUAUGGCAAUAUCGAAGCAUCCGUACUAUGUCCAUACAAUGGAAGAGGCGAUGGCGACGGCACGGUGGAGGAAAUGGUCCGAUAUCGACAGCUUGACGAGGCAAAUGGAAACUUACUGUGAAAAUGGAUUGCAGCCAUGGACUAUUCACAAGCACCCUUAUACCACAGAUGUACCAGAUAGUGCAUUGAUCUUGAGAGAACAUGGACUGAGAAGCAAUCUCUUCUCGUGCCUUUUGUUCAACGAGUUGGAAGCUUUUAACCCGAGGGACCAACUGGGUUUUGCAUUCGUGAGAGACAAGAUGAACCCUAAGCUAAUACUCAACAUGUUUGAAGUGGAAGUGUUCGAGAAGAUUGUUGUGGAAUAUAGGCACAACCUUAAAAAGAUUGGAGACAAUAGGGCUGGUUCGGUACGCGUCGGACCCAAAAGGACCAAAAGGGCUAGCCAUGGACACUUCUUUUUGAAUGAAAGCAGGUGUCAGAACUAUCUUUUGACUAUGUGGGGUGAAUCCCACAGUUGAUUUUAUUUGAUUCUCUUUAGUUUAAGUGUCUUACCAAAUUGGAGGAGAAUGUAGCGCAGAAGUGCCAAAUCAAUAAUUAUUAAAGUUAUAUAUAGAGAAAAAUAUAUAAAUAAUUAUUUUUGUUUUAAA